UUGGCUGGUCGUCAACUAUACCUCGUUGGACACAUUGUUAUUAAAAUCAGGGCCUAAGCAUGCAUGUCGACUCGUAUUAUAUGGCAUACACAACAGGGUAACAUCACUGGAAAGUGUGGACUGUCAUUCCACAAGGGUGUGCUGUGUUGAUGCAGGGACAUCCUAAAACAAGAUGCUGUCCAUACGAGGCCACCAUUACCGCUUCGACCAAGUGCCAGGCGUCUUCAAGGAGUCGUUCAUAAUCCAUGGCUACAGGCAUCCGAAGAGUUCAGCCAAACAAUGCGUCCUGUCCAUCUUCCAAGGCAACAAUGAGACGCUGAACGUAUGGACGCACUUCCUGCCGAUAUGGUACUUCCUGUGGCGGUUUAUCCGACUGACGCACGUCAUGGACUUCUGGAACGAUCCGUACUGCUGCCCUCUAUUAGCGUUCAUGAUAACCGUCUGUGCGUAUCUGCUGUUCAGUGCUGCUGCUCACGCCUUCAACACAAUGUCCGUCCGAGCACGUCACAUCUGUUUUAUGAUCGAUUAUGCCGGGUUGAGCCUUUACGGAUUUGGUGCAUCAGUCGUUUACAAAGCUUAUGCAUUUCCUGAUUACCUCUUCGAUACGUGGUACGCAGACGUCUACCUUCCGAUCGCCUUUGUAUUGUGUAUAUUAUGUACUUUCUUCUCCUCGUUAUCGCGAUUCAUUCAGCCAGGAACUUUUCAAAAAGUAUGUCGUCUCGGAGCAUUUGCCAUACCGUGCACAUGGGCAAGUUUGCCCGUACUCUUCCGUGUCAUAUUCUGUUUCCUUGACGUCCAGGGUUGUUUCGAGGCAGCCCUCAUGUAUCAUCUGUGGCAGUUUUUCUUUGUCUUCACCGCUGCAUUUCUAUAUGCGAGUCACAUGCCAGAGCGCCUCAUACCGGGAAAAUUUGACAUCAUCGGCCACAGCCAUCAACUGUUUCACAUCUGUUCUGUGUUAGCCUCGAACUGCCAGACCAAUGCCGUCUUAUCCGACCAUAUGGAGCGGAAGACACUGCUCGAGAACCACAACACCGUCCCAUCUUUCACAAUCUCAAUCAUCGGGAUGUCGGCCAUUGCUGUUAUCAAUAUGCUUAUUGUGAUAUCAUUUGCGAUAAAGCUGCAUUAUACUCAUUUUCAGGUAGAUGAUCUUAUAAACGUUCCAGCCUCCAAUUCUCACAAGUGUAAAUGUCACUGAAUGUUGUGAUAGGGACCAUCUCAAAGCGCUCACAUUUGACUGUAAAAGAAGCAGAAUUUUGCCAAUGCAUUUCCUGAUAUACACUAUACAGAACAAUAAAGCUCUUGAGUUUGUUUGUUCCAAAGGUGUUCUCACUAGAGAGAGCUGUACUGUACAUGUGCUUUGUAAGCAAGGGAAAUCCCCAGCUGAGACUGGCCUUGCUUCUCAAUCAUUUGAAUGUGAACAUUUUGAGACAGUCCAUUUUAAAUUAUUUACUUCUCACAUUGUGCUAACUGUCAAGCAAGGUGCAUUAUUACAUAGACAUUCAUUGCAGAGUUUUAUGUGAUCACGCAAACUUCGAUGAUUGUAUGCAGAGUUUUAUGCGAUCACGCAAACUUCGAUGAUUGUACAAGUUUUGUAACCCGUUUGAAUUUAAGUUUAUUUAAUGGUGAUUUGUGAUCACAGAGUUGUCAUUAUGAUUAUCCUAGCACUUCCCUUAGGCGAUCAUGUUGUUACUAGUAUAGUGUUGAACAUUUGUCCAUAUAUGUAUUUUCAAGACCACUGUUUUUUCGUGGUCAUAACAGUAAUUUUGUAUCUAAGUAGGGGAUCAUAUCGUAAUUGGUAUAGUAUUGCAUAUUGCGCGAAUAUAGGUAUUUUUAGAGCAUGGUACAUUCAUGGUCAUAAAGGUAUAUACUUUGUAUUUUUCUAAGACAAUAACAUUAUUUCCACAUCUACCAUAGUAAUUCCAAAAUGAUCUGUUUUAGGAUGAAGACAGGCAUCCGGCCAUCAAAAGAUCAUGACUGUUGGAGUGCCUCGCUUCACUUCAUCAUGCUGAUAGGUUAGGAUGUCCAGGUUAAGACAACGAGUAAUUUAUAUCACUCUAAUUUGUUUGUGAUUUCGCACCUUAUUCAGGUACAUGUAUGUAGGCCUAUUCCAGACUGUGAAGUUUAUACCAGUAUUUCACACAGGUGUGUUAAGCAGUUCGUUCUUGUCGUUUGUUACAGUUCAGUGACCCUGGGAAAUUGUGUACUCAAUUGUAGUCAUGGAGGCCUCUUUGAACAAAAUGGCCUGUCAUUUUUAGUUCUGGCCUGUCAAGCAUGUCAAGUGUGCAAAGGACUAACAAUUUUCACUGGGACAGGAACUGGUUGGGUUUAUUUUGCAGUGUCACCUGCAUACUCUGCUGCAUCAUUACAAUUACCAGUUAAAAAAAAAGUCAAAUGAUGCCUUUGAUAAACUUGAUAAAUAAUGUAGAACAAAUCUGUCAAUUAAGGAUGUUAAUAUGUGGGGGAAGCUAUGUGCAAUUCACUUUCUCUUGGAAUUUUCCGGCUGACGUAGAUGGACAUCUAGGACAUUGUUUUGUUGCCAUGGUUAAAUAGUGUCAUUGUAUCGAGAACAUCCUGUCAAUGGAUAAAUAUGAUCAAUGUAGUCAUAACUGGACAUGUUACUUGGAAGUAAUCGAAAACCAUUGCGUCAUGGGAUGUAAAAUGAUAUGACGUCCUCGAAUCCCCAACACGGUGUUGCCUGCAGGAUGUCUAAUUAGGUUAGGUUUUCGUGCUGCAGAAAUGGAUUCCUCACUUGAUUACCCUUGGGAUGAGUAGUUUAUGGGCUGGUUUCUUCAAUACAUGUUGCCCUUUUCACAUUGACCAGAGUUCGGAAGCACUAAUAACUUGUUACUUAUCAACGGUUUCACAGAGGUACUUCGUGAUUGGCUCUUGGGUGAUGAGUCUGGCAACCUAAUUAUUUCACCAUCAUGCUCUAUUUGUGGUUGGUUAAGAAAGGUGUCAUUUAAUUUCCUGUUCCCAGUCAUGACUGUUGCUAUGAUCAUAUGAUCUUGCUGCGGGUUGGCUAAUCAUUGUGUAAUGUCAUCACGGUCUUCCACUUGACACUAAACCCAUGCUGAGCGUGAUUCCUGUAGAAUAUGCUUGAAAAAGUAUGUGUAAAUGUUACAUGAUCUUUCACUUGACACCAAUCCUACACUGGGUGUGAUUCCAGUAAAAUAUGCUUGAGUUUGAAUGUGCUGCACUAUACUCACAGUGUGGAACUCUGAAAAGAUUGGUGGAAUAUUUUCACGGGCUGUUGUUUCACAUAGGUUGUUAUUCAUUUGGCAAAGUUCCCCUCCAUAAAUUGUAUACUGCUGUUCAAGAGGUUACCUUGUUGCUCUAACUGUAGUAAUGUUCAAAGUUAGAUGUAACUGAACUUGAUGUUUAAAAAGUUUGAAGGUUGUCUGGUGAAAUGGUACGCGUCCUAGCAAUGUGUACCAGUACUGUACCUGUAUAGUAAUGGUUUGAAUCUCUUCAAAUAUAGAAUUUGUCCGACUCUGCGAAACUUGCACACAAGUUGGGUCAGUUAUUCUCAAUGAAUGCUUCAUAUUGAGGGCUCAAUUUGCUCUGUUUAUAGAAAAGUUGGUUGCAUGAAAGUACUGUGAAUAUGGAACUGAACCCAAAUUUGUGUUGGAAUCGUAUCAAGACUACCUUUAUUUAGUUGGACACCUGUUCACUUUAUAAGCUAUCUAGACUCGGAGUUGAUGUCGCAACUAGAAUAUGAUAGGUUGAGAAUGAAUAAUGCAUCCAUAGUGAUGCUUUGAAUAUCCAAUUGAGCUUUUCAUCAAAUCAUGCAGAAAGCUUGUGGGCUCGCUUUGGGCUUAUACAAGUUACAUGUAGCCUUUAGCAAGUUUUUUCAUUCUUUCAUUUCAUAAGUUAAAGCAAGUGCUUGAGUAUUUUAGUUCAUUUUAGACCUGCUUCUGGCUGCGGUUUUUAUUACGAGCUCAACUAUGGAUUCGUUCAUAAGACAUCUCCGGAAUUUUUCCUGGUUGUGGUGCAUGACGCUUCGGGUCAUGUUGGAAGCGGUGCGAAGAUAGUUUGGACAAGUUUCUUGAAGUUUUGUAAAUCAUGACUCUAUAAAAUGUGACAUGCUCUUAUGAAAAGAGGCUGUUGUUGAGGGGAUAGAACAGGGUUUCCUAUCAUUGUUAUGAUCAGUUGACCUGAGAAUAUUUUUGGUGCCACAUUAGUGUGAACAUGUCCAGAUGCUAUGUGUCUAGCUACUGGUGAAGUAGAUUCUCACUUAUGAUAUCCACGUAACAUUUUAGCUCGAAGAGAGCUAAACUGCAAACUUGGCCAGUUAAUGCUUUUAAAAAAGUCAAAAGCCGUCUUUGUCUGAGCAUGUCACAUAAUUAGUUAGUGUAGAAUUUGUCGUUUAAUUGUGUGUUUAAUCCAAGGACUUGUAAAUUUAAUGUAGGAAUCCAGCUUACUGUGAUGUAAUCCUAGACUUCCAGCUACUGUAGCCACCCUUUUCUUGUUAGAAUAUAUUUUUGGUUAUGAAGUUGGAAAUAGUGUAGGUGGCAUUUCAAGUCUUGCAAAAUGUUGCAGGUUACGACUCCUAUUGUAAGAUCUCAUAAGCUGCAACUCAAACCAAAGUUUAUGUGCGGUUAUCAUGCCGCUGAUUGUUAAUGUUUUGUUUCUUGAGCGAAUGAUUCCAAACCAUUGCAACAAACUUGUGUUAGCUAUCCACAAAUGAGGUAUAUUCCUAUCACGGCCGUAUGAAGAGGACAACUUGACGAAUCGUCAAUAAGUUUCUUUUGAAGCACAGAACUGGCUCAAGGACACUCAAAUUUGAAUUAGUUAACUACAAAUAUUGUUACAGGAGUCAUGAGUUUUGCAAAAACUUUGGUUCAACCUUCACUCAAGAAAGCCAAGCUUGAGCUGUGACCAAGUGUAUAUCAGAACAGAUGACUGCUCUAAACUUGAUUUGAGAUGUAACUUAGACCCCACCGUUCACUUGAUGUAUAUUUUUGUUUCAUAAAUUUUAUUAGAUAUUUUGUACGUUUGCACAUAUUCGUUCUACAUAUAUUUCUGAGGUGUUUAUUAUGUUUUACAGAUUUCCAUUUUACAUGUUUUAGAAGGUCACCAAUUUCUAUUAGGAGUAGAAUGACUACAUACUCCUUAUUAGACGUGAAUUGUGCUAUUGAAAUAACCUCAUUACAAACCCUGUGAUUUCCAACAAAUCAUGUUACGACAGUAUCAAAUUGCUGUAAAACUCAUUAAAUACAAUGCACCAAUAGUCUCUUCCGACGGUUAUUAUGUUUAUAUUCUGUAUCGGGACGGAUUCAAAUUAUUUUUCUACUUUUUUCUACUAACUCAUGAUAUUGUAAACCGGGAUAUAUGCGUGACCAUGGCAUGUGAUACAAGUCUGAUAAAGUGUGCUUGAUUAUGAAUCAAAUUUCUUUGUCAUAAAAACUCUUUUCAUAUCACAUGUAUGAAGGCUUUCCCACCGUCUCCUCAGUAGGUCAAGAUGAGAUACUUCAAAUGUGUGUGAAGUACUUGUGGAGUGUCUGCAAUUCAAGGAAGUUUUUCAAAUGUUGAAGUAAAGUGCCCACUGGUGACAGUGUAGGGAACUACAGAAGUCAGAAAUGAGUACUCACACUGCAAAUGCUCAUUAAUUUUGAAUCAGCAGUGUUUUUGAGACGCUUUGUUUGGUGUUUUGAUAUUUCUAGGUGGUGUGCCGUAGGCCACAUCUUGCCGGUAGUGCUAUAGCCUGAAUAUGAUGUAAUGCUCCCCUAGAAUUUCAUGUUUUUGGUAAAAUCUGCAAUACUUUCCACCACUUGCUUGUAUCAUAUGUAGGAGGAAACCUUCCAGCACAUUGUAUUGAGUUCCAUGUUAAGAUUGCAAAAUUAUGUAGUCACUCACUACAUAACCACUUUUUAUGAGUGGCCAUGUAAUUUUGAGGGAAAAAUACAACCCUAUCUUUA